GUGUAACGAUGCCACCCAUCUCCCUGUCUCCUCGCGUCUUGCGCUCACGUUCUCCCCAACCCUCCGAUAUUCCUUUAUCGCAAGACUCAUUUCUCAACAUGACUCCCUCCGAUCUUACCGAUCCGACCGACAGAAAAGCUCCAAUCAUCACGUCAUAUCAAGAUCUAACAAUCAUCGAAUCCUGGGACUCCGAGACGAACACACCCAAAUCUGUCGCCUUUUAUCACGUCACUUCCGAUGAAGUAGUCUACUUUGGCCAGUCUUUCAAAAUAAAAGGGAACUUACCUUUGCAGAGUUCACCGCGGCACAAGAGCCCGUGAAUGACGAUGAGAUCUACCCAGAGGUUCCGAUAGACGUCGAAUUGACAAUUGCACCCGAUCACUGGGACGAUGUUUCAGCGUAUAUCAAGAGGCCUGGCCUGGUUUCCUACGAGGAGAUGAAGGGGACAGAGUUCAUCCCCAAGGAAGUCUUGAAUGAGACCCUUACUAUGGAGCAAAUCUCCAAAGCCUAUCAUCCCAACAUUGUCGGAUACUAUGGUUGCCACGUUAGACAUGGCCGCAUUACGACCAUAGUCUUAGAGCGACUUGACCAAACUCUGACAGAAUUCGAAUCCACGCCCGGUUUCCAACAGCUUGACAAGACCAAGUUUAUUGCGGCACUCGAGUCAGCCGUGGAUCAUCUGCAUUCGCUGGGGUUAGCACAUAACGACAUCAAUCCGUCCAACAUAAUCGUCAAGGACGGGAUGCCGAUCUUGAUAGAUUUCGGGUCCUGCCAGCCUUAUGGAACACGUCUGCAGUCACUUGGGACGUCUGGAUGGUACGAGGAGUUGUUUUUCACAUCCGAGAAGAAGCACGAUACCUAUGCUCUUGGGAAACUACGAGAGUGGUUUCAAGAGAAGGAGUUGAAGGCUGAGAAAACUGAGAAAUGACAUCGCUUGAUAGAGAGCAACCAAUGCGAUCAUCAUGUGUUGUUGUACUGCUUUGAUCUAUCUCGUAGUGCUCGCUACGGGCGGUUAGGACUGGCGCUGGGAUUAUGUAGAAACCUCGUCUUUCUAUCCAAGGCUGGUAUAGUUACAUGUUUUAACACACCUAUUGUACAACCCGCCUCAUGCUGUUUACAUCUUCUUCUUGACCUUGAGCUUGUUGGACCCAACGUUGGCUCGGGCCGCCGUGCCCAGCUUGUGGAUCUGCUUCCGUUUCUCCCACACGCCCGACCGUCCCUCCACGACGGCGAUGAUCUCCUCGGCUAUUCGAGUGGGGAACUGCUUGCGUCCACUGCCCUUUGAGGGCUUCUUGUUGACCACGUCGAGGAUCCACUGGAAGGCGAUACGCCGGCGCUGUCGGACAGCGAGGGGCACCGGCAGUUCGAGGGCGCGGCCACCACCACCUGCGCCGGAGACGUUGCGGAUCUUUAGGAGCGGCGC